AUGAUAACUCUUUACGAGCUUAAAAGCCAGAGUUUUUGUAGAUGUUUCAUCAGAACUCCCUUCUACAUAAAGAAUUUCGUACUAUUGACAAUACUUGGAUUAAUAAUGACCAUUAUAUACUUCUUGCAUUUUAGGAAAGAUGGAGGCAAUUUCCUAAGCAUCACCAAGAUACUCAAAGGUCUCAAUUCAAACACGUUCAAUUAUCUAGAGUAGAAUAGUAAAAGUUUGAGAUUAACUAAGCUUUUAAGCAACUACUAGGCCCAGAUUAGCUCAAAUCAAUUCUUUGAUGAGUGUGUAAGGAUCAGUAAGCCUUGUAAAUUUGAAGGACUUGCAAAGACCUGGCCUAGUUUCUACAAACUUUAAUACAACUAGAAGUUGGGAUAUGAUUAUUUAAAGGAAAAAUUGAAUGAUAUGCAGGUAGAAGUGUUUUUAGACAUGGAGUAUGAUCAAGACUAAAGCAUGAGUCUCUCUUCAGGAGACAGCUUUAGGUAAAGUACUAAGACAAAGAUGAAGUACAGCGAUUUCUUGAAGAAAAUGAAUGAUUAGAGUGUCUCAGUUUCUUUAAAAGACGGGCAUUAGGGAAUAUACAAUAGUCUGAUUGAAGAGAUUGCAUUGCCCACAUUCAUUAUAGAGUUCAAUGAUAUUGAUAGUAUAGAGCUGAUUUAGGGAAAGGUUUUGGUGAAUCCUGCUCAAUAUGAUAGAAAAGAGCAAUUCUUAUGCUCAAUUGAUGGUGUUGUGCAAAUUAAACUUAUCCCUCAUGUAUACAAGCAAGAAGUUUACGCUGGAAAGCCUAAAAUUAUUGUAGAUUAAGAUGCCUCCCCAGAUUAAGAGCCAGCCAGAAUUAAUCUAGAACCUAACUAAUCACCAAUUGAUUUCUUCUAGCCAGACAAGGAAAACUAUCCUUUAUACGGAGAUAUUGAAACUAAAUAUACAGUGCUACUUCAUGAGGGUGAUUGCCUCUAUAUUCCAGCUUUCUAUUUUAACUAAUAUGUUGCUAAAUCACAAGGGGAAAGCAGUGCUUUAUCAGUGUCUUUAAAAUACAAAUCUAACUCUGAAUUACUAGGAGGCUUUUACAGUGCAAUAGAAAAGAACAUACUUCACUGA